AUGGCUACUAUCGAAAAAGGUGACAAAAGCGGCGAACAUGAAACAGAGGCCUUUUACAAAAAUGAAAGAAAGGGUAAGACCAACAAAAUAGAACCGUUUCAUGUGAAUGAAGAAAAAAAGGAAGUCGAAAUUGGAAGUUUCCACAAUGUAGAAAAUAACGCAGACAUUUUUGGCAUAGGCGUAAGCAAAAAUGAGAUCGACCUGAACAAUAAUAAUUUCCGUAGCGCUGUCGUGAAGACGAAUGCGGACAUGGAAAAGGAGGAAAGGAAAAGCGGCCUGAUGGAAAGUAAAAGCGGCCUGAUGGAAAGUAAAAGCGGCCUGAUGGAAAGUAAAAGCGGCCUGAUGGAAAGUAAAAGCGGCCUGAUGGAAAGUAAAAGCGGCCUGAUGGAAAAUAAAAGCGGCCUGAUGGAAAAUAAAGGCAGCUGGGAAACGGAGGAGGAAAAUCUGCUGAAUGAUGAAGCAAAUUUGUCCGACGAAGGGGAAGAAGUAGAGGAAGAAAACGUGGAUGAGAAAGACCUCAUACUUCAGCGAUAUAAACAUGGCACCAACAUAUUUGUCAGCCUGGACGACGCAAAAAAAAGGUGCGUGUUGGUUGACUUUUACUCGGAAUGUUUAAAUAAAUAUAAAAAUGAAUGCAGCUUUGUGUAUUACCAAAACUAUAACAGCAGUAGUAACGUAAUAAUUAACGAAAAUGUGGACAUGAUGGGACCUGUGCACAGCACACAUUUUUCAUGUGAAAAUAUGGAGAGCAUGGGCAACAUGCCCAUUUCGAAUGACAAAUCUGCAAUGGCGAAAGGGAAAAGUACGCCAAAAAAUGCUAGCAGCGUUGCCAUCGGGGUGGGUACAUCCGUUAUACCUGGUGAAGAUUUUAAAAAUUUCAACCUCCAAAAGAAGAAGCAAGAGUCGUUAGACCCCUUGUUAAAGUGCAUAAACUCGUUGUCGGAUAGGAUAAACCUUCAGCAUUUAGUGGGAGACCCAACAACGUAUUUCAAAGUUGGAGGGGGGGACAUGUUCUACGAUAUUAACGAUCCAUUUUUGGAUGACGAAGAAAUGUAUAAAGAAUUGAACAAGACGAAAAAUGAAAUCAUUCUCACAAGACAGAUAGAAGAUGAGUACAGCGUGUGGAGUGCUGACAUGUCAGACGAUUAUGUGGACAUCAACCCGGACUCCUUCAUCUCGUUUUACAGCUCCAAGUGUAAGUACGUCUAUGCUAGCGAGGAGGAAGGGGAAGAGAAUACCACCAAAGGGUACACCGGCGAGGUGAAGAAAAGCAGUGACAACGCGAAUGACGCGAAUGACGCGGAUUUCCGCAAACGAGGGGAUGACUACGACGGACACGAUUCGUACAACUCCUCCGUCUCCAACUCAUCUGAUGAAAGUGUCAUCGAGUUGGAGCAGUCCCACACGGGCAUAAUAAAUUAUGAGCAAAAUGUAAACGAUUUUAUUAUAUAUUCAAGUGAAGAAGACGUCGAAGCAUCUUCGUCCGAAGACGAAAAUGAUGAAGACGCAGAAGAGUCAGAAACGUCCGAAGAGGACAUCAUUUUCAACCCCUUUGCUUGGAAAAAAUUCGAAAGGCACAUUCCCCCAGAGUUUAUUAACUCCUUCGAAAAGUUAGAAAAGGAGUUGGAUGCUCUCCCUUUGGAGGUUAACAUAGAAGAUAUACAAGCCAUCAUAAAGGGGAAUAUUUACAGCAUAUUUGUAAAGGUAAGGGAUAAACAAAAGAACGUGCUAAACCAUUUUGACAAAGCGUUGGAUGACUACAUCGAGAUCGACGUCAAACAGCUGAGGUGGCUCACCACCAUCAUGAAUAAGACGUCUAAUACGCUGAAUGAUAUAGACAUUUGCAGAAUUUGGUUCGAACAUAUCUUCAACUAUAACAUUAUGGUGUUCAUUAAUUGCGAGAAGGAGUUCGUGAGCAAGAUAAAGAACUCGCAAAUUUUUGAAAAAAAUAAUAAGGCGCAUUUGAAUGGCAUCUUGAAGGACAUGUCUUCGUGGAGGUCCUUCCAGGAGUAUAAGGAGAAGCUGGCUCGCGAGGGCGCAGAGGGGGGGGGCGCUUCCCUAGGCGGUGCUUCUCAAAGUGGUGCCAACGCGGUCGAGGGGGGCAGCCCCAAUCGUGGCGCAAGCGGACCGAAGGUGGGCUCCUCCCCCAGUCGAGGUGCCAACAAAGCGGCCACCGAGUGCAGCAAGAAUGGCAUUGGCCAUGGAGAGCCCAGCUGCAAAGAACCACCCGAAAGUGGGAAGUUGAUAGACGCACGAGAUGCAGACAAGGAAAGGAAGAGCCCCAUGUUGGAGGUGCAGGCUGGGGAAGAAGCAUUUGGUGAAGCAGAGGAUAAGGCGUAUAACGAUGUUCACUUGAAGGUAGAGGAUAGUCCCAAGAGUGUGUCCCACUACGAGGGGUACGUGGAAGCUCUUUUUACUCCCCACUUUGCUAAGCACAGCCCGGUGAAGGAGCUAGCGGAAGGAGCAGGCGAAGGCACAGGGGAAGGGGGGGUGAAGGUCAAAUUAGUCAACAUAAAGAAGGAGCACGCAGAAGGGAAUUGCGACAGCGUGUCUCUUCACUUUUCGAAUAAUAGCACCAUCGAACAGAUAGACGGGGAGAAGAUGGGGGGCAGCGAGUACAGCUGUGCGUAUAACAGCGGUUUGGCGAAAAAUGAGUGCGCGGGGGGGAACGGCGGCGAGGAUGACGAGGGGGAAGCGGCGCCACUAGGGGCGCCACUAGAGACCGCGAGAGUAGCCGCUAAUGUAGCCGCUAAUGUAGCCGCUAAUGUAACCGCUAAUGUAACCGCUAGCGUAACCGCUAGCGUAACCGCUAGUGUUGCCGCCGCUACCCCCCCCGCGGCAGAGACGCCCGGGGAGAAGAGCAGGGGGCCCGCCCAAAACAGCGAAAGCUGCACGGACCUCGAACCAGAUGGCCCCAAGGCGAGCAAAGGUGCCAACCCCAAUGGGGGACAGAAGGAAGAGAACAAAUCGUUGGAAAAAUUUUUCAAAAAAUUUGUAGACAUUUCCUACGACAUUUUAAAUUACGUAAAAAUGUUUAUUAAGCAAAAGUGCUUCCUAAAAGAUAUGAUCUCAGCAGGGUUUGAAGCUCUCGUGGAAAAACACAACAAGCAUUUCGUAAAGUUCCCCCACAUGACAGUUUCAGAAAUAUUAACCAACCUUUUUAACUUCAGGUACAAGACAAACAUCAUCAUCGCUCCAGAUUAUGUGGAGGCUCUGGUAGAUUUCUAUCAGGAGAAGUACAAAGUGGACGUGUCCUAUGAUAAAGGGAAAAAUAAAAAAGUUUUCCUUUUUGACACCAACGAAAUGCACAAGUUGAAUAAUGCGUAUUAUAGGAGUCGGAACCAUGUGAAGGAGAGAGGCGUGGUUAAUGAGCAUGAGCAUUGUAGGGAGGAGCAUAAGGGCAAAUGGGGAGGGAAAGGAGAGUUGGAGGAUAAAGGCAGCUACAAAAAAGGCGGGAUGGGCAGCAGUGGGGGGGUGGCAAAUAAUGAUUUGCUGGUUACCCAUUCGAAGGAGCGUUUUCAAAAUGCAGCGAGUAAGAAGCAGGCCUUUGCAAAAAAUGACCACUCAGGUAUGAACAGUGCUGUGGACAUGGCAAGCAUGUUAAGCAGCCCCCCCUUGGGUGCUACAACCUCAGGGGCAGCAACAGAUGGGGGUAAUACUAAACUGCCGACGAAGAAGAGGCCAAGCGAAUCGGUUAAACACAGCCUCACCAAGGAGACAAACUCUUUCACGAAAAAGAAACAGAACAAAAUGCUAUCAAACGAGUUGUGUAAAAAAAGUUGGGAUAAGAAAAAAAGCAACAAAAGUGAUAAGAAGAUGUGCUCCACCACGCACAUAAUUAUUUGCUCCGAUAAUGAGGAGAGUCAGGGGGAUGACUUCUCCCCUAGUGGGCAGCAACAGGUAACCGCAAAAAUAGCUAGCCAGAGAGACAAGAACAAAGGCGAAUGCCGAAACAUCAGCAUGUUGAUAGAGAACAUAACGAAGAAGAAGUGCAGCGCGAAUAGUAGCUCUGUCGGCGGAUUGACCAUCAAUCAUAACGCUGGCAAGGACCAGCGCAGGGGCAUCUGCAGCCGCAGCAGUAGUCGCAGCUAUGUGGGUCAGCACAAGGCAAACCUGCCGAGUAUGCCCAGCAUGCCCAGCAUGGUCAACAUGGCUAGCAGCGCUCAGGGCCGCCCGCAAGGACGCCCUCAAGGCCUCCCGCAGAGCAGCCUACCAAGCAACAACAAGCUGCAAGCCAUUCGCAACAUUUUUAGUAACUCCGCCCCCAUGCACCACACCAACGUGAACAGCAGCAGCAGCAUUCACAGCGCGCAGAGGAAGAGAGCCACGGAGGAAAACCUCCUCAUCAUUGCAGACGAGCAGAAAAACCUAAAUUCAAACAACGUGCUGAACGAAAAAAUGAAACUGUAUAAGAAAAGGAAAAUGAAAAAUGACUAUCCGUGUGGAAAAAAAAACGCACAAACGAACAUGCUGAAGCUUAGCAAGGUGAACGAAAAGAUGAAGGGCAAAGUUUUGCACACGAAUGAGAAGUGCGCAGUGUACAAGUGUAUUAACAUCGAAACGUCCGAUGAGAACAAGUGA